CCACCGCCGGGGUAAUUUCUUGCAAAGUUCACGUCCAUGAGAAAUAUUGCGCAAAUUUGUGAACGAACGUGGCAAUAUCCUGGCACAGACACUUUAUGAGCAGAGGUUUUGGGGAAGACUAGCUGCAGAACAGCAGGCUGUCUAGGAAGAGAAUUCUCAGAAUGGACUUUGUCACUUGGUUUCUGGUGAGUGGACUCAUCGCUCUUGUCAUCGGCUACUUCUUGUCUGGACCUAAUAACCUUCCACCUGGACCAAGGCCACUUCCGUUGCUAGGUAACACUCGCGACCUCCAAGAUGGAUCUCCUCACCUACUGUUCUAUCAGUGGGCCAAGAAGUACGGGAACGUCAUGCGGAUUUACUAUGGGACAAAGAUGAUGAUCGUCCUCAGCGGUUACAAAGUCAUCCAUGAUUGUUUGGUGAAGAAGUCCCAAAUCUUUGCCAACCGCCCUCCGCUCUACAUUAAUAACACUGUAACCGGUAUAAACGGUGUGUCUCAGCUGAGGGUUGGGCGCCGCAUGGUGGAACAGCGGAAGUUUGUCUACAAUUGUCUACGAGAAGUCGGCCGGCUUGGGAAGAUUGAUCUGGAGAGGAAAAUAUUUGAGGAAAUCGAGGUGAUGGUUUGUUGGCUGAUUUUUCUUCAGGUGAUGUUCCACGUUUUUGACGAGCUGAAGGAAAAGCCGUUUGACCCUCAUGGGGUUAUUUCCAAGGCCGUGGCUAACACCUUAUCCAACAUAUGCUUCGGAUUUAGGUUUGAGUACGACGACCCUCGAUUCUUGAAGUUACUUGGCACGGUGCCAGCAGACGGAAGCGUGGUAUUAACGGCGGAUCUCCUUCAACAUCUACCCAUGCUGAGAUUCUUACCCAAGUACAGGGACAUGCUGAAAGCCGUCUUUGUGAUGGCCGAUAACUUCAUAGGUGUAAUCCGAGACGAAAUCGACGAGCACGUAAAACGCUUCAAGCCCGAGAACGAGGCUUGUGACAUCAUUGACGCGUUUCUCCUGGAAAUGCACAGGGCGGAAGUAAAUGGUGACAAAGACUCGUCCUUUUCCCGCAAGCAAAUGGAGUGGUUUGUAGGAGAUUUGUUUAUUGGAGGAAGUGCCUCUCCGACUUUCCAGUUGGUGUGGACUUUGGUACUGCUCGUGGCCAAUCCGGAAGUUUACAAGAGAGUUGAGAACGAGAUCGAUGACGUCAUAGGAUCUGCUCGCCCGCCAAAGGCCAGCGAUCGGUCAAAAAUGCCUUACACAGAAGCCACAAUCCUCGAGGUCCUGCGAUAUUCGUCCCCUGCGCCUUUGGCCAUCCCUCAUUGUACAACCGAGGAGGUCAAAGUUGAAGGUUACACAAUUCCCGCCAAUACUGUUGUCACUCCUAACCUCUUUUCCAUCGAUCGGGACCCUAAAACAUGGAAACACCCAUUUGAAUUUUACCCCGGGCAUUUUCUGGACGAGGAUGGCUCAUUCCACAGACCUGAGGCAUUUCUGCCAUUUAGUGCAGGAACUCGAGUAUGCCCAGGGGAAGCUUUGGCCAAAUUGGAGAUUUUUAUUUUCCUAACAUCCUUGCUCCAAAGAUAUCACUUCCGGUUGCCAGAGGGCGCUCCUCCACUUGACACGCGCCAUGGUGAAACCAGCAACUACGUCCGGUUGCCGCGAGAUCUCGUGGCCGUCAAGAGAACGUAAUUGAAGCUAAACUCAUUAGCGUUUUAAUUUGAACGUAGGAAGGUCUUAAAUUAUUUCGGCUUACGAGAUAUUCAAACAGGCAGAUUGUGCUUAAACUGUUUGGUAGCAGUACUCGGCUAUGAGAUCUAUUUGGGACUUUGGUGUAAAAUUGAACUCAAAUCAUUCACACUAAACAUAAUGUAUAUACUUGUGUAGUGGUGUAGUUAGUUAUACUUAGCUGUAUUUGCUAAUCACAUUUGAAUAUUUUAUUUUAUUAUUAUAAAUUAGAUUGUGUAAGUUUAUGUGACUUUCUUGCGUUGCUUUUUUUUUCUGUUGGCUGCUGGAAUAAAACAUAGAUCAGUGUGCCUCGGUGAAUGCUCCCUUGAAACAUUUCGAUUUCUGACGUAUCACAACUAUAGUUUAUCUCAUGCAUAUUUAUUGGUAACUAAUUUAGUGAAAGUAAUAAGUUUCAUUAAAUUAAUUUUUUUUUUAAUUAUCGUAUAGGUAUUUUUCUAAAAUAAUACAGAUAGAAGAGGUGGACAUCCCCACCUGGCCUGAUGGAUCUUUUGUUAGAUCGGUGCAUGGACUAUUUUUGAAUUAAAAUGACACAUGUCAGUUAAAAAUUUAGUUUUGAAAUACAAGCUGACCAAUUUUGAAAAAAUUCUGUUGACUACUUUUGUAAUAAAAUUUUACCAUAUUUGAAAUAAGAUCCAUUUUAGAAAAAAAAUGACCAGUCAUUGAACAAGUACAUUAUUGCGUUCCUUAGUCGGGAACCAGAGACCCACUCGUGAUGCGUUUUAUUUUUUGAUCUUUGUAUAUUAUAUCAAG